AUGCAUCGCUGUAACAGGACGUCCUUAACUCUUCGGGAAGACUCCUAGAAGGGGAACGGCUGGCUUUAACCUUUCUUUUUCCACCUGCAGGCAAAAUGAAGGACCGGCUUGCAGAACUCCUGGAGUUGUCCAAGAGCCAUGACCAGCAGUUCCCAGACGGGGACGAUGACUUGGACGUGCCCCAAGAGGACAUCGUGUUCGAGACGGACCACCUCCUGCAGGCCCUGUACCGGGACAUCCGGGAUAUCCAGGAGGACAACCAGCUGCUGAUGGCCGACGUGCGGCGGCUGGGCAAGCAGAACGCCCGCUUCCUCACGUCCAUGCGGCGCCUCAGCAGCAUCAAGCGCGACACCAACUCCAUCGCCAAGGCCAUCAAGGCGCGCGGCGAGGGCAUCCACCGCAAGCUGCGCGCCAUGAAGGAGCUGAGCGAGGCUGCCGAGGCCCAGCAAGGCGCGCGCUCGGCGGUGGCGCGCAUCUCGCACGCGCAGUACAGCGCGCUCACGCGCACCUUCCAGCAGGCCAUGCACGAGUACAACCAGGCCGAGAUGAAGCAGCGCGACAACUGCAAGAUCCGCAUCCAGCGCCAGCUGGAGAUCAUGGGCAAGGACGUCUCGGGCGAGCAGAUCGAGGACAUGUUCGAGCAGGGCAAGUGGGACGUGUUCUCCGAGAACCUGCUGGCCGACGUGAAGGGCGCGCGCGCGGCGCUCAGCGAGAUCGAGAGCCGGCACCGCGAGCUGCUGCGCCUAGAGAGCCGCAUCCGCGACGUGCACGAGCUCUUCCUGCAGAUGGCCGUGCUAGUGGAGCAGCAGGCCGACCCGCUGAACGUCAUCGAGGUCAACGUGCAGCAGACGCUGGACUACACCGGCGAGGCCAAGGCGCAGGUGCGCAAGGCCGUGCAGUACAAGAAGAAGAACCCGUGCCGGACCGUCUGCUGCUUCUGCUGCCCGUGCCUCCACUAGCAGCUGCCCCAGGGGCCGAGCCCUCCGCACCCGCCCCUGAACUCGGGGGAGACGGCAGCAAAGUCGCCUGAGGCGCCGACGUGGUCUGUGGGGUCCCGCCUGCCUCUCGCCCCCUAAUGGAGACCCCCGGGAGGGCGCGCUGCUGCAUCUGCCGGGGCACGGACUCUUGUCUACAGGGACAUCUGAAAACUUCCUUGGUUCUGUCCGAUUUUGAAUGAAAUUGACCGUGGGGAUAUUGGACAUUUUCCUGAUUCGUCACCGGAUUAUGCAAUGUGAUUCCGGCCUAGAGAUAAACCUGUUUGUUUUUUUUCUCACCUCUACUUAUUGAAAUCACGUUUAACACAAUAUUUUCUUAUCUCUGACAAUAUCUUCUACUAGGAUAUACUCAGGAAUUAUUUUUCUAAGUAUUUUUAGCACCUCUACUUAUUGAAAUCAAGUUGAACACAAUAUUUUCUUAUCUCUGACAAUAUCUUCUACUAGGAUAUACUCAGGAAUUAUUUUUCUAAGUAUUUUUAGCACUUCAUAUUGAGGAAGCAUUCAGGUUGAGAUACCAGUCACAUUUUACGUAUUUUUCACGUUAUUUAAAAUUUGUCUGUUUACUUCAUUGUGUGUGCACAUAUAUAUGUAACUAUAAAUAUUAAUAUUCACUAACGUGUGUACAUAACGGCCAAUUGGCUUGGCUUUACCUUUGUAAAUGUGCUAUAUAAAUAUCAAGAAAAACACUUCUGGGUUUUGGUGUUGUUUUGCUUGUUUUGCUUAUUUUGCCUUUAUCUUGCUCCAGCCUGAAUAUUCUUA